AUGGGGAUGAAUGCCAACUUCGUCGGAACUGUGCAAGGAUUGUUGAAAGGCUACUUCUGGUACUACAGUGUUGGCUGGGUCAUCUUCUCCGGGGUCAUAGGUUGCAUUGUGGCCUUGACCUUCUUCAUUCUCUACUUCUUUGGCAUUUACCCGGAAAUACUCAGCCGAUUUAAACUGGAGGUCAUAGUAAACCUAGCCAUGGCGGUCUUCCUCUUCAUAGCUGGCGUUGUAGCUGGAGUCGCCACCAGCAAAACUUUUUACGUCAACACCUACAACUGUGCAGCUGCAGCUAGCUUUUUUGCCUUCGUGUCAAUGGUCCUCUUCAUUGUGGAUGCAGUCUUGCUCUUCUUCAACCAGAUUCACGAACCACAGCAGACCACCACCACCACCACCACCUCUUCCACUACCCACACAAACCCCCCUUCAGACUUUUCCUCACCAAACGCCGUCUAUUGA